UCAAACAGAAGGGAUUCAGCCGUCUUUCUUAUCAGUGCUUUAAAUAUGAAUUUGUGGAUACUCCUCUUGGCUUUCUCUGCACUGGCUGAGUGUGUCUGUCAAACACAAGGCACCCACUCAUGUCCAGAUCUGUGCUCCUGUUCCUUUUCACCUUUGGGUGCAGAGGUGGAGUGCAGCCAAAGCCUUCUAACUCAUUUCCCUGAAGAAGGUUUACCCUCCAACACCACGCGACUCUCCAUCCAGUCCACAGACCUCCACGGUCUAACAGCUCAACAUUUGAGUGCUGUUCCUCUUUUAAAGCACCUCCAGCUCUAUCACACCAACCUGACAAGCCUUCCAGCGGAUCUGCUGAAGAACGUUCCUCUUUUAAACAAGUUGGAUCUGACAGGGAAUCAGCUGGUUCAUCUUCCUCCAGAUAUUUUCAGCCACGCUUCACUUAGAAGUCUUCUCCUGAGGAACAAUCAGAUUGAAGAAAUGGAUGCUGAGUGGUUUUCUCACAACACUAGCCUGACCUCGCUGGACCUUUCUGGGAACCGUUUAACAGCUAUGUCUGCUGCUUUCUUUCAGAAGAUGCCCAGUCUGGAGGAUCUAGACUUAAGUGACAACAAUCUGCAUGACAUCCAACCUGACCACCUAAAGAACCUUCACCACCUGGAGAGACUCAAUCUUGGUGGUAACAAAUUAAGCUCCCUACAACCCACGACUUUCUCAAACAACCUGAAACUAUCCCAUCUGUUCCUGAACCAGAAUCAGCUCAGAGAACUACCAGGCAGCCUCCUCAGAGGUCUCGAACAUCUUGAGCUUGUGAUGCUCAAUCAGAACCGGCUGCAGAGUCUACCAUUUGGACUGCUGGAUGAGAGAAAAGAUGAUUUCAGGGUGGUUUUAUCAGGGAACCCCUGGGUGUGCGACAAGAGGAUGGUGUAUCUGUGGAAGUGGCUCAGUGCCAAUGCUGACAAAGUCUUCUUUUUGGAAGAUGUGACAUGUGCAGAGCCAGAGGCGGUCAGACAACGACAACUGGCCAUUUUACCUGAGACUGAGCUUGAACUGGGCAACACUGGAGAGUAGAGUCAACAAUCUACAGAAAAUCUGUUGCCAAACUUUGAAAUAUUGCUGUAUAUUCCACUUUAUCAGAUGCUGAAAUAAAACUUAAAGGUAACAAUCGGAAAAGACGCCAUCUAGUGGUGAAUAGUAGAAGUAAUAUGUUUCACUGUUUUCUCAAAAACUGAACCAUGAUGUUAGUAAAUGAGUGUGUAUAUUUGGUUUUGGCUGUGAAUAAAAAGUGUGAUUUUAAUGAAA